UCGCGAGAGCUGCAGAGAGCGGAAGCGCUAUCCGUGCAGGAUGUGGUUCCUGCUUGCGCUGGUUCUGCUGAGCGUCUCCGCGAAGGGACUUUCGCAGUCAAACAUCAGAAGUUCGACGGUCGUUCCACCGUCAGGUGCCCACCCCGCUGUAGAAACUUCAAGAAAUGAGGGGAGCCAGUUGCCUGAGCCGAGACAUACUUCUGUGCAGGUAGAGUCAAACGUUCAGAACUCAGCUUCCCCGAAAGAUGACUCUGGCAGACCAGGUCAGGCGCAACCUGCUACGAACGGAGGCUCCAACUCGAAUUCUAACCAACUUCCCAAUGCAGUGCACGUCAGCACGCCCACCUCCAUCCUCUCUACUAAGCUGGAAUCCCCUAAGACUAAGGAAAACCAGCUAGCUGAUGGAGAGCAGUCUCCAAAUGUUUCCACACUGAAAUCUGGGGUGACAGAGUCAAAGGACCCUUCACUGCCAAAGGAGGAAAAUAAGUCUUCAGAGCGUACUGAAGAUGUGGAACCCAAAGAGACUGAAGACGGUGAUACAGAGCCUGAAGAUGGAUCCCCACCCAAAGAAGAUGUACCCAAAGAGAUUGAACAAGAUGAUACAGGGCCUGAAGACGGACCACCACCCAAAGAAGAUGUGGUACCCAAAGACACUGAAGAAGGUGAUACAGGGCCUGAAAAAGGAUCACCACCCAAAGAAGAGAAAGGAAAGAUGCCUGGCCCUGCCUCCAGUGAGAACCAUGAAGGGACACUUUUGGAUUCCAUGAAUAGCAAGGAUGAUAUUUAUAAGGAAAAUUCUGAAAGUGCCAGUGCAGAAAGCAGUCACUUCUUUGCAUAUCUGGUGACUGCAGCCAUUCUUGUUGCUGUCCUCUAUAUUGCUUAUCACAACAAGAGGAAGAUUAUUGCUUUUGUCCUGGAAGGAAAAAGAUCUAAAGUUACUCGGCGGCCAAAGGCCAGUGACUACCAACGUUUGGACCAGAAGCUUUGAUUUUUUGUCUUUGAGAACCUUGUCCUCCCUGCUGAUUUGUUUCUAAACCAAGAGAAAUGAAGAAAACAGUACUGUGACCUAAGAGACACCCUCAUCUGGGGUUUGGUGGCAAGUCUGGGCUGGCAGAGGUGGGAGUGGGGAUUGCUUCUGGGUUUGCACCUGCACUUUGGUGACAUCAUUCGCCUGUAUUCCCUUUAUUUAUGCUGGUGGCUUUCAACCUUUCUUGCUCUGCAUGUGUGUGGAGGGAGCAUGUGAAAACUCCCUUUGGCUAUGAUCAAAGAGAGAUGCCAGCUUGAACAGGCUGCUGACUAUCCUCCCUGGGGCCUUGGCGCUGCAGUGUAGUUAGCCUUUGAGAAUGGUGUGGACCUCUGUAUUGUUCAUCUCUGCAGACCUAGGAGAAUGCUGCAGGUAGAGGUGCUUUUCUACUAGGCCCUCUUAUUUUGGUGGGGAGAUGUGCCCUACAAAAGGCAUAGAAGAUGGUGAAAAGCUGAUGGGCUAAAGGCUUCUUUGAACACAUAAUUCUCUCGAAGGUGUCAGCAGCAAAUCAAAACAGGAGGCUAAAAGUGUGCUGUGUUGCUUGCAAGUCUAACCUGUCUAGCAUGACUUCUUCACAUUUUCUGAUGUUUCAUAUGACUAGAGACAAAGUCAGUGAUUUCCAUUCGGUUGUACUGAACAUAAAACUGAACUUGGUAUUUCUGGAAGUAAGGCCACUGUUCCCAUUACAGAUUUUGUUUUAGAAAUAAGAUUUGGAACAGUGUGAUCUUGCAUACAGUCGUACUCAAUAAGGAACUUCUUGAAAUAGGGCGAGUGUGUGGUUCAUGCAAAAAAACAUAUAGGAGAGUUUAGGUAUGCUCGGCAGUUUUUUUUAAAGGACUUUGAUGAGCUAGGUCUCCCACAAAUUGUUUUUGGUCUUUGUUGCCUCAAAUAGAAAACACUGUCUUAUAUGUAGAAACUACUGUACUCUCUGACCAUUUUAACUUAAUCUGUUGGAGGGUAAUUAGUAAAAAUUCUCCUUCCUUAUCAUGUCAUGAAUUAUUCAAAUCUGAGAUAUUCAAUGGUUUCAGUGGGUUCCUCUGAGUAAGUGAGGGUACUGUCUUGGAUCACACUGCCAUUGGAAGUUUUAUUUAAACCUGUUGUAGUCAAGUUCUACCCUAGUUAGAGAGCCUACAGAGAGUUGUGUUUGUGAGCUAAUCUCAGGGAAAUACCAAGAAUGUGGGAGGUGACAGAAAUAUGAUGAAUUCUGUGGUGUUGAGGCAGUAAGUCUACAGAAGGGACCAUCCCAGUUGUUGUCUUAUCUUCCACCUUGGUUCAAACAGCCCAUGGCUUUAUGUUGAAAUUUUCAUUAUUGGCAGGUAGUCUACUUUACGGAGAUGAGGAAUGGAUGUCUACUCCUCUUGGAUCAUUCUGUCUGCUGGUGCACCCAUUGUUGUAAGACUUUCCUCCAACCCGAGGGAUCUUCUGUCAGACUCCUUUAGCAUUCCCUAGAACCUUGGUGGCUUCAGUCCCCUGUGUCUCCCACUUCCCCUUCUUUCUGUGUUUCCUGUUUGGCCUAUCUACACCAGCUCCUUUCUUUCCACCUCAGGCACACUCUAAUUUCCCCACUCCCAUCUGUGCUGUUUGCUGUCUCUCCGUCUGCUCAACUUCUCCAUUAAGUGUUGCUUCUCUUACCUUGCUAUUCAUUGUCUUCAGGACUUUCACAAACUCCCUAUGGGCCCUGUCUUCCUACUGUGCUUUCCCAAAGUUUGCCAGUUAUCAGACUACCAAAUCCAAUAGCUGCUUCUCAAAGCUGCUUUGACCUUGAUGGACUGAGACACUAUUGGCCAUCCAAACGGAAAUUCCCUUUUCUUGGUGUCUCUGACAAAUGUCCUUUGCCUUUACCUUUGCUGGUGGGGAAGAGGCCCUCAAAGCCAGGCCUCUGUGUUUCUUUGACCAUCUUCACAGAAAUUCCCCCAUUUUUCCCCCCUGAGUGAGUGACUUGGGAGGACUUAUGUUGGACUAGUUCCCAAGGAACCCAGUCCUGCAGUGUGGAUACUUCAGCUUGGUUGUGCUGAUGUCACUGAACUGAAUUUUUCUCUUCUACCCAUUAAGCCACCUCUGUCAACUGCUCAAUGUCUUCAAUCACAUGAACCCCAAAUAGCAAACUUUUGGUGUUAUUCUCUUGUCACAAAAGUCUUAUCUGGUUCCUUUUUAAAAAGAUCUUUAGUACAAUAUUUUUUCCAUUUUCCUAGCUUCCUCUGUUGCAUAUGCCCAUUCUCUCUGAUUCUCUGUUAGAUUUUUUUUGUCUUUUUAGAGCUACCUUCAUAGGGUCUCUGUCCAUCUUGGGAUAAAGAGCAAUUCUGGAAAGACUGAUUUUUCUAAAAUAUUUUUCCUGGUUUGAAGCUUCAGUCUGUACCUCUCAAGGCUUAAAGAAUGCCCUUAGAGACCUUUUGGGAUUCAGGACUGUGCAGAUUGACACUCUGCUGUCUUUCUCUGCAUCCCACCUUGGCAGAGGCCCUCAUCUGUCAGUGCCUCUGUGCCUUCGGUGUGGCUGUGCUCUCCUCUUCUGGCCUCUGUGGUGGUUCUUCGGUUAAUUUGUUCUCUCUUCUCUUUCUCUUGCCUGUUUCUUCAUGGCAGUUCAAGUUUACCCAUGGAGCUUCCUAAUGGCCCCAGCCCACAGAUUGGCUCUUUCUCUUCCACUCUGCUCGCUGUCCCUUGUGCUACUCACUCAUUUUGGAACUUCAGCAAAACAUAACAGUUGGAAUCUGAUGUCUUUCUGGUCUCCCCAAGAAACUGAGCUCUUGAAGGACAGCCUGUCUUCCUAGCUGCCUAAGUGACAUUCCUUAGGGCUUGUCAAUUGCUUCUGGCAACCAUGUUUUCUUUCUGUAUGCCACCUGGAUGUGACUUGAAUGAGGGGUCCUCUAGCUCUUCCUGGCUACUACUUGCUGUGACAUAAUACAUGUACAGGUUGAGUUUUGCUCUUAAAGAGGAGAGUAGGAAGGUGGGUUGGUAUCAGGAUCCAAUAGGGUGGGAGCCAGUGGACAUGUACCUGUUGUCACGGAGUCCCCAAGAGCUCAGUGUUUGAGCCUCUGAGAAGUAGUGUUUCUUGUGCCAUAAGAGUACCAUAGAAUUUAAGUUUCCCUUGAGAAAUUGCACUGAUGAAAAUACUGCACACCAAAAGAAAACUUACUUUCUGGUGUGUUUGGAGAUAUUUGAAGCAAGCUUUCCUAGAGAUCGAAUGGAUGAGGGCAGGCUGGCUGAGAUGGGCAACGUUCAGGAAGCUUUUGGGCCCAGAGUGCUAAGGCCUUCCCUUCCUGCACCUAGCUUUUGGAUGAAGGGUGAUUUCUAUUAGGAGGAAUCUGUGCUUCUGUUGUGGAUGUUAAUAGAGGAAGUUGCUAAAGUAAAUAGAGCAAUGGCUAAAGUCUUGAAGACAGUGAAUCCUGCAGGAAAUUCCUGAAUAGAAUUUUGAAAGAGUUCACUCUGGCCUCCAGGGGAGUUGAAGGCCAGUCUGUUUAGAAAGACCAAGAUAAUUUGGAAAGACCUGACAAAGAGCUGUAUGGAUUCAGAGUUUUUUUCCACAGUGGCUUUCAAUGACAUGUUUGGUCAUAGAAUACUAAAGCUGUAGAACUGUCAUGCAGCAGUGAUGGUUGUCGUCUCUAGACCUUGUUUGUACAGGGUACCCUGAUAGGAGUGCUGGGCAGAUGUCUAAACCACCGAGUACUGAGGAGACUGUGUGAGGCACCAGGCCCUAUGCUUCUGCUAGGCCAUUUUCUGAAGACUCUUGCUGGGAAGGUUAGGUUUAGCAUGCCUUGCUCAACUGAGUGAGGAUCCUGGGGAGAGGUUUUCAGGUUUAAUUCAACUGUACAUCCAGAGCCAGAGUGACUGUCAGCUCAGCUGGUUCCACAGUCAGAUAUGAAUUUCUUAGAUUUCCUUUGUAAAGGAUUUGGGUCAGAGCUGUAGAGUAUUUUAAACUGCCAAUAAGCCAGCUCCCUAACACUCUGAUAUUCCUUUAAUUAAUAAGACACUGUUCAAUAAAUGACUGUUGAAAUUGUU